GAUCUUCGCCAGUGACGGCGGUCAUAUGUAUUCAUACCCACGCGGUGUCGCCGUCUUCCCAGAAGCAACCACUUCACCCUAUCCCUAUCUAUAUAAACCCUUUGAUCAUCCCUCCAAUCUACUCCAUCUUUCCGGCCUUCCCAUCUUUUUCUUACGCAUACACACAUCUUUCGUUUGUUUUUGCGAUCUUAAUCUUUUAUUUGCUCAAAGAUGAAUACUUCAAGUGAGCCUGCAGCUGCACAAGGUCCUUAUGCUGCACAAGGUCCUUAUGUGGUACCACCACCGGCUGGUUAUCCUACAAAAGAUGACUCUCAGAAUCGUCCUCACGGCCCUGUGGAAACCAAGUCAAGGGGUGAAGGGUUCUGGAAGGGAUGUUGUGCUGCCUUGUGUUGCUGUUGUGUACUGGAUGCAUGCUUCUGAUGAUCAGAAUCGAGAGCUAGCAAUAUUAAUUCUAGAAACCAUUGUUGUUUUAUUUGUUCUUUUUUUGUUUUUCAAUACGGAACUUGGAUUAUUCUUGUGUGAAGAAGGGACCAUGGGAUUGGAUAAUUGUCAUGUUCUUGUCUUGACAGAGUUAUCCUUGCACUGUAAUUAUCACGAGUGAUUUCCUUUUAGUGUUGUAUUUUUUUC